UUUAACAUGUACUCUAAGGUCAUCAUUUUCCUUUGUGCCGCGGGGAUUGCUUCCGCUGGCAACCUACUCCAUGCGGCCCCGGUGGCAUACAGCGCCCCUGCCACAUCCGUAUCUUACUCUACAACCACCACGUCACACGCGGCCCCUGUAGCCGCAUACGCAGCACCCGCGGUUUCGUACGCAGCACCCGCGGUGUCAUACGCAGCACCCGCGGUGUCAUACGCAGCACCCGCGGUGUCAUACGCAGCACCCGCGGUUUCGUACGCAGCACCCGCGGUUUCGUAUGCUGCACCCGCGGUUUCGUACGCAGCACCCGCGGUUUCGUAUGCUGCCAAAGCGGUCGCGCCUGUUGCAACAUACGCCGCGCCAGUAGUUGCCAAAGCAGUUGCGCCAGUUGCUUACGCCGCCGCACCAUCUGUGUCCCACCAAUCAGUGUCGAUUCAAACGAGUCCCGUAGCGUACGCAGCUGCUGCUCCCGUGUUAGCGAAGAGCUAUGCUGCACCCUUGGUCGCUAGGACAUACGCUGCUCCCGCUCCCAUUGUAAGGACAUACGCAGCCGCUGCUCCCGUUGUAAGGACAUAUGCCGCUGCCGCUCCAGUUUACGCUAAAAGUUACUCCGUACCUGCGAUCUCCAGUUACGCUGCACCUUUGGCUCGUACAAUCUCUUACGCUUCCCCAGUGUCAUAUGCAGCUCCUGCGUAUUCGACCUACGCUGCUGCCCCAGCUGUGUCUUACGCCGCAGCUCCCAUUUCCGUCGGAUAUGCUGGCCACGGAUGGGCUCGCAGCGCAUGGGGUCACGGUUGGUAAAUAAUAAGGAAAGCAUUUUGUAAAUACGUACAUUUUACCUAAACUAAUUAAGACAUAAAUCUGUUGAUUAAUAUUAUUGUUAUGGGCGACUAUUU